UCAGUGCACCGUUCCCAAUAUCUGACAUGUAGUAUUUGGGAAGUUCGACUGUAUUCCAACGAAACCAGCGCCGCAUAGGGUCCGCAAUUGUUAUUAUGAGAAAAAUUCCGUUAAACAUUUCUAAUUUCAGAACGAAGGCGAUCUAUCGUGAAUAAUGUAAUCAAUGAUAAAAAUAAAGAGUGUGUGGUGUGGAUCGUAAAUGAAGUUCGGUAGGUGACGAACUGCCAAAAUCGGGUCACGAAAACAAACUAAUGUCAUAUCAGUGAAGUGUUAAAACGAGCGAAAAGCUCGUAAAAAAUCGAAGAAUUUCCUGUCGCGCGCUUGUUUCUAUUAUGUGUUUUGCUUUUUAAUCUCAUUUUCUUCUGAAAUCUCCAUUUCAGAAAGUUUUCGCGAUAAUUGUGAGUGUGUCUGUGUGGCAAGAAUAAGGUGAGAGAGACGGGGUUGGUUUUGCGGACUGCGCCAAGUGGCGUUUCAAUAUGAGCAGGUGUCUGUGACGUCACAAAACAUGUUAACAGUCACUUCCUAGAAAUGUACAAGUUUUGAAUCAUAAAACGUCGUGUAAAAAAAUAACAAUCGCGCUCCAAAAAGAAAAGAUCCUCCUAAAAGUCUCCAAUCACGAAACAUAUUUUUAUGGAAAAAAAGUUUGCUGUGUAAGCUUUGUUAUCGUCAUUGGCCGAUUUCUCAACUUGAAUUUUACAUUUUUACAAUUCUAAACUAUGUCCAAGAACAAACUUCAUCAUCAUCAUCAUUUUGACAACGGCAUUGUCGCUGUCAAAAGCAAGUUUGAUGCGGACAUUAUCAGAUUUUCAAUAACUCGCAAUGAGCCAAUAAGUUAUGAGGAUUUUCGGAAAUUAUUGACUGAAAGGCAUGACAUUGGACCUGACUUAAAUGUUCACAUUUUAUACACUGAUCCUGCUGAUCACGAUUUACUGCCAAUCAACAAUGACAACAAUCUCGCAAGGGCUCUUCUCGCUGCCAAACCGCUUCUCCGAAUUUGCAUACAAAGAAAGGGUGAUGACAUCGACGACACAAAUGGAUACGGAACGAUGAAGCCGAAGAAUCUAAUCUCGAGUAUUUUAGGUGGUACACCUGCAAAGGCAAAAACUCCCAUCAUAUCGAAUCCUCAUGAUUUUCGACAGGUUUCUGCGAUAAUUGACGUGGACAUUUUGCCGGAAACAUGUCGCCGUGUUCGAUUAUUGAAACACGGUUCUGACAAGCCAUUGGGAUUUUAUAUCAAGGACGGUGAGAGUUUUCGAGUAUUGCCACCAUCGGCAGGAAGUGGAAUUGAAAAAGUACCCGGAGUUUUUAUCAGUAGAUUAGUGCCUGGCGGUUUGGCAGAAAGUACCGGACUUUUGGCAGUCAAUGAUGAAGUCCUAGAAGUCAAUGGUAUUGAAGUCGCUGGCAAAACUCUCGAUCAGGUGACAGACAUGAUGAUUGCCAAUUCAUCGAAUCUAAUAAUUACCGUAAAGCCGGCCAAUCAACGAGCAGCUUUGACUGCACCGCGACGAGGUUCAUUUUCGCGAAACAGUCAAGUGUCAUCAGGAAGUCACCAAUCAACGCAAAGUGCAGCUACUGGCAGUGACGAAGACGCUGAUGAAAUUGUCGAUUUGACUGGCGUGACGCUUCAUGACGACGCAACCGGUUCUUCCUCCCAUCAUUUACACCAUCAUCAUCAUUCACACAAUCAUUUUAGCCAUGAUCAGGGAGUAUUGCAUCUUUAAAGAAAAAUAAAUAAUGAGAAUAACGGAAAAAAACUAUCACUUUUCCGAAUUCACGUCAAUUAGAAACGUUCAAUUUUUUUUUACCAGAAACUUUUUCCCCCUUUUUAUAUAUGAAAAACAGUUUCUUUAAUAAUUGAGAAACUCUUCCUUGAGCCGGAAAUUGUUUCAUUAUAAUUAUUGAAAAAUAUAAAACGAUUUUGUUUGUUUGUUAUUUUGAUUAAAUUUGAGAGGGAGCUUUAGUGCGUUUUUGAAAGCAAAAAUCCACUUGGGAGUUAAUCUAUUUUAAAGAUUAAGAUUAUUAAAAUAAUGAGACGAAGGAAUAUUUUCUGGAAAUUUCGUUAUAUUGAAUUUUCAGUCAAUUGAAAUUUCUAAUAUUGUAUUUAUAUAAAUAUUAAAUAUUGACGAAUAUUCACUUAAUUGAACUAGAACUCUUAUUAUUUUUAAUAACAUUAUUCUAAGUGAUAAAUUCUUUAAGUUAGAAGAAAGUGACUGUGAAUAUGUUUUUCUUAAAUGAUAAUAAUGUUUAUUGAACUUUUAGUUGUGUGAUAUUUUAUUUAAUUUGACUUUAAAAAAUCAUUUUAUUACUUUAAAUUUUCAUUGAACAUUUGAUUGAAAUUACGCAAGAAUAAUUUUUCAUUUCUUUAAAAAUUAUAUAAUUCCUUUUCAAAUGUUAGAAAUUUUUUUAUAUUAUUUAAAUAUUAAAUUUUAUUAUUAAUAAUUAUUAUUAUUUGUUUGUGAUAUCUUUCAAAAUAGUUACAAUUUUUUUUACUCUUUUGAGUAUUUUUUAAAUUUUGUGGAUAAUUUAAAACAACGGUAAUGAUUUUCAAUUGUUUAGACUGUAAAGAAAAAAAAUUAUUUUUGAGUACAAAAAAAAUAUGUAUUAAUUUUAAAGUGUUUUGAGUAUUAUAAAAUUAUUUAAGUGAUUUUUUUAAAUAAAAUUUUUAAGUUAUUUAAGCACUUGUGAAAUUAUUAUUUUUUCUUACAUUAUUUCAGUAUUAUUUGAGUAUUUUCACAUUUACUAAUUUAAAAAAAAAAUGUUCAAAAACUUAAAAUAUUUCUAAUAAUUUGAAAUUUUACCAAUUUUUUAAUUAUUAACUUUCAAAUAAUUUGUCUGUUUUUUCUUUGAAAUUUCUUGGGUGAGUAUUAAAAAAUUAUUUGAAUAUCUUUCCGGUUAUGUUGUAUGAAGAAAAAUUAGAUAUUUAAAAAAAUGAUUUAAUAUUUUUUGAAGUCAUUUUUUGUUUACUUGGAAAAUGUUCUGUACGUUUUUAGAAAUUUUUCAAAAUUCUUGAGAGAAUAAUACUAAAAUCAUUCAAUAUUUUAAAGAAUAUGAUUUUUUUUACAAAAAUUACAAAUUAAAAUUAAUUUAUUAGAUUAAAAAUUUUGAUUGAAUGAAAAUUCGAUGAAACAUUUAUUUUUUUGAGAAUAUUCAAUCGUCUUAGAAUUUAAUAAUUAUGCUCAAUGCUACUUUUUAACUGCUCCAAUUUCUUUACAAUAUAUAUUAUAUAUAUAAAUAUAUACAUAAAUAUAAAAAUAUAUAUUUUUUAAAUUAUAGAAACUUUGAAUGAAUUACAAGAAAUCAAGUAUUAAUCACAGCGUCUCAAAGUAUUAAAUCAAGUACUUAAUUAGGGAUCAAGUGUACUUAAAAUGAGGUGAAGAGUCGCUUUACGUUUUUUUCAAUUUUUUUUUUUUUGUUUAUCGGCUCACUACGGCUGGACUGUAUUUUGAUCCGGCUUUAUAUAUUUAUCUCCUAUUUUACCCCUUUUUAACUGCAUCGAAUUGUACAUAAUAUAAUAAUGAAAAAUAAAAUAAAGAAGAAGACGAGUUUUUUGCUAAAUAAAAUCAAAAGAAAAAAGAGCAAAUAAACUUUGAAGGAUCGAAUUAAUUAUAUAAUUAUUGUCUUUGUAAAUAAAAAUCAAUGAUCCUCAAGAAAUGAACAUUUUUUUAUAUAUAGAUUUUACUAAAAAAAUUAAUAAAUAAAGGGGCCUUAAAUCGUCUUUUGGUUAUGAUUUUUGAGAGGAAAAAAAAUCGUAUGUACUUCGAGUUAUUUUUUUUCUCUUUCUUCUUUCUUUUUUCUUUUGCACGAAUUUUAUUCUUUAUUUUAUUCGUGUUUCUGUUUUAAUUUUAAAAAAAUGAAUGAAUACUUAGUACGUUGAAGUUUUCGAAUUUUAAAAAGACCGUCUUUUUACAAAUGUUACUUGUUAUCUAAUCGAGCAAUAGAUAUUAAAUCCUAACGUAUUUUAACGAAUUUUUUAGAUUUUAAGAAUUAGUUCUUGGAGAAUACUUGCCCUGUAUUCGUGUAUAUAUUUUUAAUGAGUUUAUAUAUAUUGAUUUAAUAAUGCAAGAAAAAAAAAAAGAUUUUAAUGAAACAUAUCAGAAACAAUUUUUAAUAGGGUUAUUUCAAAUUCAUUUAUAUUUUUUCUUUUAAUUUUGAAAUCUUGGAAAUUGUCUUUAAAUUAAAGUUUUUCAAGUAGAAGUUUCCUUUUUUUGUAGGAAAAUUUCUAAACACUUCGAGAAACGAAAUUUUUUAAAUUUUAUAAAAGAAAUUAAAAAAAAAGUUUUUUAAUAUUUUUCUUACCUAUAUAUAUUUGUCAAAUGAAUAAAAAUAUUUAAAUUAAAUAUUUCGCAAAUUUGUUUAAUAUUUUUAAAAAGUUAAAAAAUUUUGAGUACUCAAAGAUUUUUAUUUUUAAUUUUUCAAAAAUGUAAAUUUUGAGUCAAUAAUUCGAGUACCUAUGUUUAAACAAAGUCGAUUGAAAAUAAAUUUAUUAAUAACAUUAAAUAAAUGAAAUAAUUAAUAAAUUAAUUACUUAAAUUAUUUUAGAAAUAAAUUAUUUUAAAUAAAUUAGUUUUUUUAAAUAGAAAUAUGUGAGGGAAUGGGGUUUUUUUGUAAUAUUUUUGAACAAAAUUUUUUGAUGAAAUGACCCUAUUUUUUUAGAAUUUAGGAUAAUAUUAUUGAAAAAUACUCGAAACUUAUUAAACGAAAAAAAACAGAUAAAUGCCUAUUGGCUGAUGUUAAGAAAAAAGAUUUUUUUUAAUUGUAUAUAAAAAAGCGAAGCUUCUGGAAGUGCCUUCGGAAAAAAACGGAAAUUAUCUUUUGUAACAAUUUACGAAAUACAUAUUUUCGUCACACAUUCCAUUUUCGCAUAUGAAGCAAGAUUAAAUUUUCUGCUCGA